AUGAAAACAUUGGUCGAGGAACAUAAUCACGAAUUGGCACCCCAAGAGUUCACUAAUGUCAUGGCUCCACAUAGGAAGAUCCCAGAAGGGCACAAAGUGCAUAUACAUAGCAUGCAUGAUGCUGGGUUCAAAACAACCCAAAUAAUGGGCUUCUUUGCCCACAUGUGUGGUGGAUAUCGGAAUCUUAACUUCAUUAGUAAGGACUUGUAUAAUUAUAUGCAUGGAGUUAGGCAAUCAAGGAUUGUCGAGGGAGAUGCAGCCGCAGCAAUAAACUACUUGAAGGGCAAGGCUGAGUUGGAUCCGAUGGCAGUUGUGCAGUAUUCUUAUUGCGCUGAGAAGCACCUUGGGCACUUAUUUUGGUCAGAUGGUAACAUGCAGCAUGACUAUGAAUGCUUUGGUGAUGUGUUAGCAUUUGACUCAACGUACAGAAAAAACUUAUAUAACAGACCUCUUGUGAUCUUUUCUGGCACCAACCAUCAUAGACAGACAAUUAUUUUUGGGUUUGGUUUGCUAGAGGACGAGAAGAUUCCGCCCUACAAAUGGUUCUUAAGUAGCUUCUUGGAGGUAAUGAGGCAAAAGGAGCAGAAAUUCGUUGUCACAGAUGGCGAUGAAUCCAUGCGAGAGGCCAUUAGAUGUGAAUUCCCUAGUGCAACACAUAGACUAUGCACCUGGCAUCUUGCUCGAAAUGCAGUUGUUAAUAUUAAAGACAAAGAUUUUUGUGCUGCGUUUAAGACUACUGUGUAUAGUCAUUUUGAUAUGGAAGAGUUUGACAGAUAUUGGGUGGACAUGAUCACGUCAUUCGGUUUAGAGGACAACGAUUGGGUCGCAAAGACAUACGAAAAGAGAGAGAUGUGGGCAAAUGCUUAUUUGUGUGAGAAGUUUUGUGCCGGCAUUGGAACCAUUUCUCGGUGCGAGGGUAUUAAUUCAUCACUUAAGAAAUUUAUCAAGUCUGGGAAUUGCUUACUUGAGUUGGUCAAGAACCUGGAUCGAGUAGUUAAAGAUUACCGGAAUAACGAGUUCAUUGCAGAUUACAAGACUCUUUACUCAAAUCCGGUGUUGACAAUGGGUCUUGAAGCAUUGGAAAGAUCUGUGAGCAAGUUCUACACGAGGGAAAUAUUCUAUGAGGUGCAAAAACAGAUUGAGGGAGUUGGGCCAUUGUAG